AUGUCAGAACACCCAAACAAUGAGCCUGAAGCACCUCCAGCUAAAAAGAUGUUCACAUUCCGGCAGUCAGCCUUAGCUGCAAAGGCCGAUCAAAUAUGGAACCAAAGCAAAUCUGGAUUCGGAUUUGGUAUCACACCUUCUACACAUGUUCACUUGGAGAAGAAAUCACUGGAUGACGUGCUUGGAAAGAUGGCUGCGGAAAAGAAAUUGCGACAAGAGCAAGAAGGCAAAGGGCAACCUCUCUUCGUCUUUGGGUCCAAAAUCUCGGAUCGUGUUGUAAAGGAGGAAAAAGAUGCGGCUGCUUCAAAUGGUACUGUCGCUGCUGAAAAGUGCGAAGAGGACUCGAAGCCCAAAACAGCAGAAGAGUUGUUCAAGAGUGCCGCUCAACAGGAUAAACCGCAGGAACAACACGAUUUCAUAGCUGAAGCUAAGGAGGCCGCGGAGAAGAAGAAGGAACACGAGAAGCCAAGCACGAGCAUAGUCACAGUCACAACGGGUGAAGAAAACGACGUCAAUAUAUUUCAG